AUGACCCUGUCUGUGUGUCGCUGGCAGACAGCCUGGUCCAGAAAACUCGGAAGUACGGCGGCCACGUCAGGACCUGAAAAUCACAGUUUCUACAUGUUCCCGGCCGCCCGAUGACCACGGAAAUGUUUUCCCCGACACGGACGAGCAUUAAGGAAGCCAACGAGCACCUACAGCAGCUGUACGGGCGGGUGGCAGAGCUGGAGAAGACCGUACAAGAACAGGCCGAGUCCCUCAUCAAGAAAGACGAGCAGAUGCAGACCAGGUUGAAGGAAGUUACCCAGGAGAAAGACUCCGAAAUAGCCGAACUUCGGCGAAGUUUGGAGGCGUCGGAAGCCCACGUUCAAAAGCUGGUGGCCUCGCUAAAGGAGAGAGACGCUACUAUGCACCACUUGCAACACAAGUGUCAACUUUUGGAGGACAUCAGUCAAUAUAAACCCAUGUUGGAAGGGUUGCUGGCCAGGGUGGUUGAGGCCGAACAGCUGGGGGAGUCAGACUACAACAGGAGGGUGUCGAACGGAGGAACGCCCAACGCCCACCACACACAGGUAUAUCAGAACUCUAUGGACAUGGACAACUCUCCAUCCAGCAGCAACAGGCACUUCUCUAUCAGUGAGGAGGAGGAUGGAGGACUUACAUAAAGGAUCUGUACUCUCUAUACAGACUUGUGUACAAGGACCUCUCCAUCAAUGGAACACUGUAUACUUAUGAUACACAUGACUGCCUGAAAAUCACAAUACAACAUUUAUCAUUUACAUUUGUGGUUUUCACCCCUGUACAUUAUCGGCAGAUACACUGUAUAAACAGUUGUAAAAACAUUCAAAAAUAGUUUCAUCAGGUUGGUUAAGUAUAGGAUACAGGAGUUUUCUUUUACACAACCAAGGUUUCUCACCUAAGUGCUGACGUUUCGGUAUCUACUGUAUAUAGUGGCGAGAAGCAGAACUCCAGUCAGAAGCUCUGAGGAAGGUGUUUGAUAGACACUGAAAUGUCAGCACUUGGUUGAGAAAUGUUGGUUGUGUAAAAGAAAACUCCUGUAUUGGUGACUCAUUGAAAGUAUAGAUAUAAUUGACAUUCUGGAGGUGCCUAGUUUGGCCAAGGAGGUUAAAAAUCAAAUAUUAAACUUCCUUGGUUUGGGCAAGGACAUUACUAGUACACUGUAUAAUGUCCUUAGUUUGGGCAAUGUGUUUAGAGCAAAGAUCAUUUCUGAAAGCUAUAGGCCCACUCGCAUUUUAUGAGUUUGUAGGGUCCAAAUACUGUCUUGAGAUUUACAGUAUAAUAUUAUUUUUUUGACCAUGCUUAUUCAUUCCAUUUUACUGAACUACAUGUAUCAUGCUCUCCUAUCAAUUCUUUUAUGCAUGACUUUUGUUACAAGUUAUAAUAUAGCAAAGAAUUCUGCCACUGAGGUCAUGGGUUAUGUUUUAGUCUUCUAGAAGUGCUAUGUUGAAUUGUUAGUUCUUACGUUACCUAAAGUUACCUGUGAUGACACUUUUUUCAGUCAGUCUCAAAAAGAUUCAAUCUACUUAAUCAUAAGUAACAUUACAUGCAAAAGAAUAUAUCAUGUCAAGUUCAUGUGUGCUGUUGUAGUUAAUUCUAUGGUCUGAAUUUAAUUGAUAUGUGUAAAUCAAUAUACAGUGUAUAAGUGACAAUCUUCUAGAAUAUGAUUUACCCUGCCACUGGCCUAUAUAUAUAUAUAUACAUAAUUUAUGCAAUUAUGAAUCAGUAUUCUUUCUGUGAGUAUUAUCAUAUGAUUUCUUCUUUGAAUAUAUGUACAUAACAUACUUCAUACAUACUUCCGUCAGCUACAAUGUUUGUGUCAUUUGUAGAUUCUAAUCUAUGACAAAAAAAGUUCAAAGUAUACAAAUGAUGCUUUCCAAUUUAAGUGAUUUUGGAAACCAUGUUAGCAUGAACCAUUGGAAAUUUAUCCACUUCUUUAGCGACUGAGGCACACAUCAGGGAUAGCUGGGUUAGAAAGGGCUGAUGAAGCACUGGUAUUUUGUAUGUUAACACCAGUAGCUUGGUUGUUGCAGCUGCAGUAUUGUCAGAAGUGCAAGGGGGCAUUACUGAACAGAAGAGUGUUUCCUACUAUAGGGUCCCCAGAUUUGGGUCUUGUGCAAAAAUCUUCAUUUGAACAAGGCCUGCUAUUUUUCAAUGGGCUUCUCAACUAGACAAUUAAAGUGACCAGGUGGUCUGGUGUUGACUCAGAAUCCUCAAUUUAUUUUAGGUGAAAAUGGUUACCUACAUGUAGCCUAGGGUAGGGACAGUACAGCUCUUGAAUAAGACAAAAGCAGAGGUCCCAUAUUUGACUAAUGUUAAUGUUGACUGCAGUAGCAUGGAAAGCCACCAGAGGGUCCAAAAUCAGAGGGUCAAGAUAACCUAACCCAUAAAUUUUAUGACAACCCAGGCUCCUGAGUCAUGGUGCUAAACCACAUACAUACAAGCACUACCAAAUACAUAAACUUCCAGUCAAAGGUAUUGUAGCUCACAAAGACAUAGACACACACACCAACAACUGCUACUGUAAAGUGAAGGAAUGAUGUUUAUUUUGUACAUACAUGGAGUAUACUGUACAUACUACACUUUUUCAUCUGAAUACAAGACUACCUGUAAAAUCUUAUGUGCAAUGUGAAAAACUUCAUCCUGUUCCUUUCAAAUGCUUUUGUGGUUAUAGAUUAGUCUUUGUACGCAAGACAAAGAAAAUGUUCGGUAAUGACUAUAGAAAGGAAAAUGAUAACAAUGAUCGCAAAGUAUAUUUCUGUUGUCUUGACAAAAUCAAUUCAACUGAAGACAUAAGUUAUACAGUGCAUUUCAAAAGUGCCAGAUACAUAACAUUGAUUUUCUUGCCAGAGUCUUCAAAUGCAUGAAAGUCUUUACAUUAUAACCAUUUUAAUACAUGGCAGUUUUUCAAUCUGCUCUACAACAUUCCUGUCUGCCUGUUACACUUCUUUUCUGACUUCUCCCCUUACAUCUGCCUGCUAACAAAUAAUACAUCAACACCAUGUGAAAAAAAAAAAAA